AGAUGACGCUUUUACUUUUUGUUCCUCCUAUUUUCUCGACAUGAAUGGCUGUCCAUCUUGUGGUCGUCAUUUGGGAAUUUCCUUGUUUUGUCCCGAUUGAUUUUGUUCCUCAAGAAUCCAUGGACAACCCACAGGUAACCUCUGUCUAUGUAUAAUUGGAAUGAGUAACAAUCAAAAAAAACAAAAAAAUACUACAUUAUCCCGGUCUAUCAAAAAUCCACAAGCAAAUAGACGAGGACUAUCUUCAAUAUGCCAUCCUCCACCGGGUCGUCGGUGGUCCCUUUCGAAAGGAGGCGCAGCGAAGCUGUUGCCCUUUUGAAGGGAGAAAAGCAACGUGGUGACGCAAGAGCUCUAGAACUACAUGGAGCGCUCUUUGCCCUCAUCGCACGAUUGGAGGGAUGGCACAAGUUAGGGAGGGACAAGGCGUUUCCGGUGUACAAGGAGAAAGAAGCUACACAGCUGUUUAGUGGGCACUUGGAGAAGUUGGUAAGUAGUAGGACCUUGAUUGAUCCUAGGGAAGCCCUUGUCGCAUCCUUGUUAGCCUUAGCUCGUUAGAGGAGAAAAUGGUUGCCGUUGCAGUUUUCAAAUUAGAACAAAGGCUUUACCAAAAUCCUAAAUUUAUUGGUAAAGAAGACCGGGAUCGUCUACGCCUUCAAUCAUUCUUGCACUUUUCCUUUUUCUUCCUGCGUCUGUGUGUAGUUCCUAUGUAUAAAAUCAUAAAGUAGCACAUCAUCAAGAAGAACUCUACACGACCUCUCUUCCUUCUUCGCUCUGCCAGGUCUUGUUCCUCCGAGAUUUCGACUUCAUCUGGAAAGAGAAGAUGGUCAAUGUCAUCGAGAAGUGUAGAGGGCACUUAGAUGCUUGGAACUACAUGGAGAUGCAGGCAUCUCAGAAUUUUGGCGGCAUGUUGAACUUGAUUCUCAGCGUAGCAGCCACACCACCGACUGUCGAGGGCGAAGACGGUAUUAUUCAUUUGAUGGGAAUGGGCUGGCUGGGCUGUAAUGUUAUAAGUACUUAUAAUCUCCUAUGAUUGAGGUUGUGGAGGUUUGUGUCUACUAUGUCUAAGCUUACUAGUCACGGGUGGAAGCCAGAAAUCUUUGAAAAGCCUUCUUCGUUUUCUGGUGUCCCCUAAUGUCUGAUCCUGUAGUUAGAAUGGAUACUAAAGAGACAACAAUAUCAAUCUUUUCUUUUCAGAUAUGCCGAAGUGCAGCACUGGGGGACCCAUUUCACCGGCCGCCUGCAGCGACAGCGGCUCAGUCUCAGUCGACGAAUUCAAGAAGAGCUCAUCGUUUAUGGCUACCGCUAUUCCGAGUAUCAAGUCAGAAUCAUUUUAUUGAUAGCUCACAGCACGAGCAGUUCAUCAGCAUAAUCAUAAAUGAAAAUGAUGAUGAUGAUGAUGAUGAUCGAUGAACUACGCGAGCAAAAUCUUUUAGUUGAUUAGCGACUCAAGUAAUACCGGUUGUUCUGGAGAACGAUGAUUGAUGCUCAUCCUCAACAUAAUGUAGUAGAGUAUACCUCAAGAAUAGGCACAUCAAUCAAUCAACCAAUCAAUGACCAAUCCACUCUAACUCCUUCUCCAGUACCGCACCUCGCUCUGCAGCUCCAUCGCACCCCGUUUUGAACAAGCUGACAGAAUUAGACACUGAGUUUGCAGAGGCAGCAGCUGUGAUCUACGAAAUCAACACGUGGCUCAUGGAUGGAGGCAUGGUUGUAUCACGUUUCCGCAAAGUAAUGGCUGGCUUGCACGACGCGAGGUCGCGAGAAGUGUCGCACGAUCAGGUGAUGGCGGAAGACGAGUUAUGAUUGUGAUUUGGGUGUUGUUUGUUCUUGUUGUUUGCUGGUAUUUCAUCUAAGUACUCGAAAACUGAAAAUAUCCGAGUUACUGACUGAAAUAAGGGAGGCAGCUUUGUUGACAGGGCUACUGCUCGUCCUUGUUCAGUAUCAUCUCGCUUAUUUUGAUGUAUUCCUGUCUAAGCAAAGUCGUAAAAGAAGAGGAAGAGUUGAAUACCUAUCUAGCACAGAAUACGGCGGCAAAUAUCGCGGGAAGUGCGCUGCGGUCGACGCCAUGGCUAGUCUUCGGAAUUAUUGGCGCUGCGAAGGUACUUCUGUACCUGUUGAAGAUGUUUUCCGACAGUACUUCUGUACCUGUUGAAGAUGUUUUCCGACACUCUCUUUCUUCGCUAUCAAAGUUACUAACAGGAGGAAUUACGUGGUUGUAGACCUGCUGCUCGUUGACUCGUCCUCCAUCAACGUCAACCUCUUCGCAUCCAAACCAAAUACUCAUAGCGGAGAUCGAGCGGCACGAUUGUUUUUGGGAAUAGGACCAGGGACAGAUGGGAAAAAAUCAGAUACAACUGGGUCUACAACUCUAAUCUGAUAUUUUAUAAAUAAUUCAAAUUUGAAUUCGAACUUGUUUCCAACUACCAAUGUAUUCCUGUCUAAGCAAAGUGGUAAAAGAAACCUUAUGUAUACCUCAGAUCACCUACGACACCUACGGGCAAGUUGCAGAGCGACAGAGAGCUUACAGUAAGCUGGAUAAGGCGAAGGCGGAUGCGAAGCAGGUGGCUGAUGACUUGGCGCUUUUGGGCGAAAACAGUAAAAGCUUGGAUGAUCUCCUAAGCGACAUCCAGGCUCAGCUAUACCUCUAUCGGGAUUUAUGGCUCAUUUUGAUCCACAAGUGAACUUAGUUGUUUCCAUAUUUGAUUGACAGAGACACUAUUUAUUACACUUAUUUGUUUCCAGGUUAAAUUGACAGACUCAUCUGCACUCCUCAGACUAUUCUGAGUCAGAACAUGGAGCGUCCUAGCAACUCAGAAGAACCCACGAGACUCUAUCCAUAGACAUUCUUCUUCCCAUUUUUAUCGCAUUCCCAUUUUCCUCCUUCAUCCUUCGUCUGGUGCAGCUACGUGAUACACGAUUUUGAGAAGUUCCGACAAGGGUUUAUCCCUCUCGCGAAGACGGUGGCAGAGCACGUGAACGCUUCCCACCUGAUUUCUUUCAAGCUGUGUGAUGUGAAUCCACCACCUCCAUUGUCACCAACUGCUCCUUCGCCUAGUGCUGUCGUCGAACAGUCUCUGGUGGAGAAGAAGCCGGCUCCUGUGACAAGUGGAGGAUUUUUAUGUGCUCCACCAUUCUUUAUCUUUGGUUUUACUAAAAUGUGAUAGGGAAGAUAGGUAGUGGCACUACAGGAUCUGCAUUUGGAAUAUUUUUAUCCACGACGGACCACCUACUGGAUAUUGAUUUCACUGUUUUUCUUCUAACCUCGUCACACACCACUGCCGCAGAAGACAAACUGGCAGCAAUGAAAGCAGAAGCCAAGAAAUUGAAGAACGCCAACCCUUUUGGACGCGCCCGAAAGAAUACAGCUGCAGGUAGUGGUGAGUGUGGUGGAAUCAAAGGCAGACUCUCAGACAGCCUUGGUUUCUUCCAAAAGUCUCAGGCGCGUUUUACGGAAAGCCUUCAAAUCUGGGAGCAUAAUAGAGGACGCAUGAGGUGAGGUUCUUGCUGGAGGAACAAGGCAAUACUAACCAAGGACAGAAAGUACUACAGCCCGGCUGGCUCGAGGCAUUUCUUCACGCGAUAGACAAAAAUCCUAAAAUUGUUGAAGCAAAUGAACCAUUUAUCAUGCUCUAAAUCAUUCUCAUUGUUCUAUCAUUUUUUGGUCGUUGAUGUAAAUCAUUUUUUGUUCGUCCUAUCAGUACUCAUUAUGCACAGCAAAAGAUAAACUCAAGAACCGGUUCUCUCAAACUCGAUCUUAAAUACCAAUCUACUUAGACUUACAUACUCAAGGAGAUCCUCGAAAGGGAUACAACAAGUCAAUCACACGACUGCCUCGAAUCAUCACGAUCCAGUUCAGAAUGUACAGCAUGAUGGUUGAUUCGAUCUGUCUCAUUCCGAAAUUUUCCAUGACACCUACUAAUCACUUCUGCCAAAGAAUUGGUUACUUUUUAUUUGAGUCUUCUUGACUGAUGAGUAGGUGUAGACUUCAAGCAUGAAUUUUUGCACUGUUCUGUCUGCUUCAAAGCUUAAUAUUUGAGCCCAGCUUAUUCGAGUCUUCUUGUUAGUACUUAGCCCUGCUAGCUUACAACUUGCUGUCUGUUGGCUUGGGUUCGUCUUUUUCCAAUUUUUUCAUGCCAGCUUGCACAUAAUUUUGGUUACAGGGAGGUCAAAUGUAUUUCAUUGUUUUCAGGGUGAUCUUCCCGUUCAUCUCCAACGAUGAACUUCCAAUGUCAAGAUCCUAAGCGAAGAUGAAUCGAUUCGCACUCACAUAAUCUUCAAACUGGACCACAUGUAUUUUUCAUGAUUGAUGCCGUCUAAGCAAGAACCGCCUAGUAGGUACUCAUAUAAUUAUUUGUCGGACAGUCCUCUAUCCGGGCGGCGUGAUC